ACCGUUUUCAAACCAAAAAAAAAAAAAGAGAAGAAAACUCGAAGAGAAAGAGAUAGAAAGAAAAGAGAAACAGGGAAACCUGUGCUGUGAAACAAAAAGCUGAGAUAAUACACUGCAGCCAGAGAAAAACAAAAACCAAAAAGCUCAAAUCCCAAUCAGUUUAAUUAAGCCAAAAAUCAUCGGGAAUACAUACUUUGUUCAUCGAUUCUCCUCUUUGAUCUUCUUUUCGUUUUUUCCCCUUUUUCAUCUGAAAGCUUUAGCUAUGGAUCCUUUCGAUUUGUUUCGCAAAGGUUUUGGUUAGAAUUUAGUGGAACUCAAGUGUAUAUCCUCUGCAUCAGUUUCCUUUAUAUACAUAGAAUCUACUUUUUCCUUUUAAGUAAAGAAUGAGCUUGUCCAAGAAAGGGACCCAAAUUAGUGACGCAAAAUCAAAUGUCCCUAGCAAGGCAACAACUUUGAAUCCUAAUGCAGCCGAGUUCGUUCCCUUCUCUCUUAGGUCUCCAUCUUCAUCAGGAAGCACUAGAGCAGCUGCUACAGCAACGUUUUCUACUUCUGGUACUGUAGGAAAAGCAGUGCUUGAUCGGUCAGGGUCUUCUGUUUCAAAUAAUUCUGAUGAUGAGGCUCAUCAGUUCUGGCGACACCAGCUCCCUGAUGACAUUACCCCAGACUUUAAGGUUAUUAAUGAGGAUGAUUCUCAAAGUAUGGAGCCUGGGAGCCUCUCCUUAGCAGGUUUGUCCUUGCAUGAUGGUAGCGAAGCUUCAAGGUUUCCUGCUUCUGCUGCUGGUGGAUAUGUAUUUGGUGAUCAGCAGGAACUACUGCAUCAGUAUGGUAAUGGUAAUAACUUGGAUGAAAAAUUUAGAUAUCCUUCUUCAUCCUAUGGAGAGGAGCCUAUUUCAGCUAGUUUUUUGAACUUACCACUCAAACCUUGGGAUGAGCAACUUGUUAACAGUGAUCAGUUGAUUGGCAAUGGGAGGGAAGGACAACUGUAUGAUGGAAAUUCUAGGCAUGCAUUUGCCAGUGAUAUUUUGGGUGAGCACACAAAUAUCAAUGAUACUGAAAUGAAUCAUGUGGAUUUUUUGGCUUCCCAAUUCCCUGGAUUUGCUGCUGAAAGCCUUGCUGAAGUUUAUUUCGCCAAUGGUUGUGACUUAAAUCUAACUAUAGAGAUGCUCACACAACUUGAGCUUCAAGUUGAUGGUGGUUUCAACCAGAACCUUAAUUCAAAGACCUUGUCAGCUCCCAAUCUGAGUACAAUGGACUUUCCUGCACUUACUGUGUCAGAUGGUCAGAGUGGUCCUCCAAAAUAUACAGGAGAUGAUCUUCAACAUAGUGCCAGUACCUAUCGAUCUUCUGAGAAGGACAAUCUGCUUAUGUUCAAAACCAGUUCCUCCCUUCCAUCCAGAGGUGCCAUAGAUUUUGCAUCAGCUGUCAGGAAAAUGGCAUCUCAAGAUUCCGGAAUGUGGAAGUAUGAUAGAAAUGGUUCUGCUGAUUCAACUGUGGGGUCAAGUAGAAGUUCUAACGGGUCAGCUAAUUCCUACAGUGCUGCACCUGGAAGAGGGGUUUAUGCUAAUAGGUUGCAGACUCGUGGUUCAGCUCGUUCAGCUCCUGUUUGGCUUGAAACUGGAGAUGCAGUGGGAAAUUUAUACUCUGAACUACGGGAAGAAGCUCGAGACCAUGCGCGUUUACGUAAUGCUUAUUUUGAACAGGCACGUCAAGCAUUUCUCAUUGGCAACAAGGCUCUAGCAAAGGAGCUUAGUGUGAAAGGACAAAUGCACAAUAUGCAUAUGAAGGCAGCUCAUGGAAAAGCUCAGGAAUCUAUAUAUCACCAGAGGAACCCAGUUCCUCUAGAGAAUUUCAGAGGGCAGGAGCGGAUGAUAGACCUGCAUGGAUUGCAUGUAAGUGAGGCCCUUCAUAUGCUGAAACAUGAACUAUCAGUGCUGCGGAGCACAGCACGGGCAGCAGAUCAGCGUCUGCAGGUAUACAUAUGUGUUGGAACUGGCCACCAUACUAGGGGUUCUCGUACUCCAGCGAGACUUCCAGUUGCUGUGCAACGGUAUCUGCUUGAAGAAGAGGGCCUUGACUAUACAGAACCACAGCCAGGGCUACUUCGAGUUGUCAUAUAUUGAAGCCAUGGACUUGACAGCGUUGAGGUAUAGGAGUUUUUGACACUACAGAAAAAAGAAACCAUCAAGUCAUAGUCACCAUAGUCAUUCUUGUAUCUGUACAUGGGAGGAAAUGGAAAGGGGGAUGUAGUUGAAGUCUGGAAAAGGAAAUCAAAAAACAGAAAGUUAGGGGAAGAAAAAAGUUUAAAAAACAAAAAGAAGCAGAAGUGUAUCAUUAAAGUUUUAGCCAGAUGACCUCAGGAAUUGCAUUUUGGUAGCAUCAGGGGUGGGGGGGUUGCACUGGGGCGGACACUGCCUGCAAGCAAGCAACAUCUUUUCUCCGGUUUGUUAAUUUUGUAUCUUAAAUCUUACUAUGUUAAAUUUUGGGUUUAAUUCUCAGAUGUAACUGAUAGAUUUGAAUUACAUGAUAUUACAAUUCAUGAAAUGUAACUCAUGCUGGAACUUUGAUGUUUCUA